CUAAGAUCGUCCGGUUUAAUAAUAUACGCGGCAGCGGCGGCGGCGGAGAGGAUUUCCACGAUCAGCUGAAGACUGAAGUCGGCGACGACUGGUUACGGCCGUAAUAGAUAAUACUGAAGUUGAGCGUAUAAUAGAAUAAUAGUCAAUGCUCUUCAUAAGAGGGGAAAGAAAUCCUUGACGAGUCUGCGCUUUUCCCGUAGUAGUUUGAACGCUCGAAUCACCAAAGUGAAGAGAACCAACUAAUUACAUGGGGCGGACUGUUUAUUCCUCUUCGAAUUCAGAAAUGGAAGACAAUCUGAAGCUGUUGAUACUAUACGCAACGCAAACUGGGAAUGCCCUUGACGCAGCUGAGCGUGUAGCUCGGGAGGCUGAGCGAAGAAGCUGUCCUGCUUCUGUCCUGUCCAUGGACGAGUUUGAUGCCAGUUCUUUAACAAGUAAGAAGACUGUCAUUUUCAUUGUUUCCACUACGGGACAGGGAGACCCACCAGAUUCCAUGAAGGUAUUUUGGAGAUUUCUUUUACAGAGAAAUCUGAGUAAAGAUUGGCUGGAAAGGGUUGCUUAUGCUGUCUUUGGUCUGGGUGAUUCUGGUUACCAAAAAUAUAAUUUUGUUGCUAAAAAGUUAGACAAGAGAGUUUCAGAUCUUGGAGCAAGAACGAUAAUUGAAAGAGGUCUAGGAGAUGAUCAGCACCCUUCAGGGUAUGAGGGUGCUCUUGAUCCUUGGAUGUCCUCCUUGUGGAAGGCUCUGUAUCAGAUGAAUCCCAAAAUGUUCCCAGCAGGUGUAGAUUUGGUCCCGGACAUGAAAUUAGUGGAUCAACCGAAAAUUCAAAUUGUGUAUCACGAAGAUGAAAUUGUUUCUCAGUUAUCAGUUGAUUCAAACUUGGUAUCCAAGGAGAUAGAAUUCGAAAGAAUUCGGUCAAUAUCACAAGGAAACUUCUCCGGAGGAAAGAAUAAGCCGGACUGCUUCUUGAAAAUGAUAAAAAAUGAUCCACUAACAAGAGGGGAUGGUGGGAAAGAUGUUCGCCACAUUGAGUUCGAAUCUAUUUCCUCGGUUAUUGAAUAUGAAGUUGGGGAUCUUCUUGAAAUUCUUCCUGGUCAAAGUCCUGCUGCAGUUGAUGCUUUCAUAAGGCGCUGUAAUUUGAACCCGGAAGCAUAUAUCACUGUUCAUCCUCGAGGUGCCGCAAAUCUUUUAAAUUCCCCUGUUAGGUUGAGAAAUUUUGUGGAACUUACCAUGGAUAUUGCGUCAGCAUACCCUAGACGCUACUUUUUUGAGGUUAUGAGUUUCUUUGCUAGUGCCGAACAUGAGAAGGAAAAGCUCCAAUAUUUUGCUUCUCCCGAAGGGAGGGAUGAUUUAUACCAAUACAAUCAGAAGGAAAUGAGAACAGUGUUGGAGGUACUGGAGGAUUUCUCUUCUGUGCAGAUGCCGUUUGAAUGGCUUGUGCAGUUGGUUCCUCCAUUAAAACCACGUCAGUUUUCCAUUGCUUCUUCUCUUGAUGUUCACCCUGACCAAAUACACUUAACUGUAAGUGUUGUGUCACAGACAACACCUUUCAAGAGAAAGCGAACCGGUUUGUGCUCUGCAUGGUUAGCUGGGCUUGAUCCUUCCGAGAGCAUUAAUAUUCCAGCAUGGAUUCGUAAAGGGUCCCUCCCUGUCCCAUCCCCAUCACUUCCACUCAUUCUCAUUGGGCCUGGAACUGGUUGUGCUCCUUUCCGUGGAUUUGUGGAGGAAAGAGCCUUGCAAAGUAAAUCAUGUUCAACUGCUCCAAUCCUUCUCUUCUUUGGCUGCCGGAACAAGGAGAACGACUUCCUUUAUCGAGAUUUUUGGUUGUCUCAUACAAUAAGCGACGGUGUGCUCUCAGAAGAUAAAGGUGGAGGAUUUUAUGCCGCGUUUUCUAGAGAUCAGCCAGAAAAGAUAUAUGUGCAGCAUAAAAUGCAGGAGAAUAGCAAAAGGGUUUGGGAUUUGCUGAGUGAGGGAGCGGCUGUUUAUGUUGCAGGUUCAUCAACAAAGAUGCCGUCAGAUGUUCUGACGGCUUUUGAGGAAAUCAUUUCCCGAGAAUCUGGGGUUUCGAGAGAAGUUGCUUCCAGGUGGUUGAGGGCAUUGGAGAAGGCUGGUAAGUACCAUGUGGAAGCUUGGUCUUGACAGCAAAACAAACCAACAGAAAACCAACAUGGGAUUGUGAAAGAGACAAAGAAAGACACACACAGAUACUAAACUGAUUUUUUCUGUUUGUUUCUAAGUUAAUCAUGAUUCAUUUGCAAAUGCAAGGUAAGUUAUUUUAAAGGGAAAACAUUGGAUGGGAUAUAGUAGGCACAUGUAUAAUGUCUCCAUGGUUAUGUUUAUAACUUAGAAAGAAAGCAAAACACAUUUACAUGUACUUUCUAUUUCUUUUAUAGAUACUAAAUUGCAAGUGAAUUGUAUUAUUGUUUUUAGUUAGGUAUGAAUUAUGAUGAAUAUGUGACAAGAUUUAUUGACUUACCCCCUUCUUAAAAAGACAUUUUUUUUACCUGCA